GGAGCAUGGCCAAGCGCCUUAACCAGAUCGGGGUGGAGAACACGGAGGAGAACCGCCGGCUGUACCGCCAGAUCCUCUUCAGCGCCGACAGCCGGGUGAAGAAAUGCAUCGGGGGCGUCAUCUUCUUCCAUGAGACCAUGUACCAGAAGGCUGACGAUGGCACCCCCUUCGUCCAGAUGAUCAAGGACAAGGGCAUCGUUGUGGGCAUCAAGGUGGACAAGGGCGUUGUGCCACUGGCGGGGACAGAUGGCGAGACCACCACGCAGGGUCUGGACGGGCUUUCGGAGCGCUGUGCCCAGUACAAGAAGGAUGGGGCUGACUUUGCCAAGUGGCGCUGCGUGCUGAAGAUCAGUGACAACACCCCCUCUGCACUUGCCAUCAUGGAGAACGCCAACGUCCUGGCCCGCUAUGCCAGCAUCUGCCAGCAGAACGGCAUCGUGCCCAUUGUGGAGCCAGAGAUCCUGCCCGAUGGGGACCACGACCUCAAGCGGUGCCAGUACGUGACGGAGAAGGUGCUGGCAGCUGUCUACAAGGCGCUGAGCGACCACCACGUUUACCUGGAGGGGACCCUGCUGAAACCCAACAUGGUGACCCCCGGGCACUCCUGCCCCACCAAGUACAGCCCCGAGGAGAUCGCAAUGGCCACUGUCACUGCCCUGCGCCGCACCGUGCCCCCUGCCGUGCCAGGUGUCACCUUCCUGUCUGGGGGUCAGAGUGAGGAGGAGGCUUCCAUCAACCUCAACGCCAUCAACACGUGCCCGCUGAUGCGGCCAUGG